AUGGUGGCUACUCAGGCGGACCAGGUGGUGAUCCACCCGCUCGUCCUCCUGUCCGUUGUGGAUCACUACAACCGAGUGGCCAAGGACACCAAGAAGCGGGUGGUGGGCGUGCUGCUGGGCGAGAAAUACAAGGGCCGGAUAGAUGCUACCAACAGCUUUGCAGUGCCCUUUGAGGAGGAUGAGCGGGAUCCCUCCAUCUGGUUUCUGGAUCACAACUACCUGGAAAACAUGUUCCGCAUGUUCAAGAAGGUCAAUGCGCGUGAGCGCAUCAUUGGCUGGUACCACACCGGCCCCAGGCUGCGCGAGUCUGACCUGGACAUCCACGCCCUCUUUGCGUCGUACUGCGACAACCCGGUGCUCGUCAUCACGGAAGUGCAGCCCAAGGCCAUGGGCCUGCCCGUGCAUGCCUACGAGAGCGUGGAGGAGGUUCGGGAGGAUGGCACGCAGAAGAGCCGCCGGGUGUUUGUCAACCUGCCCACUGAGGUUGGAGCCACGGACGCCGAAGAGAUUGGCGUGGAGCACCUGCUGCGCGACGUGCGCGAUGCGACGGCCUCCACGCUUUCCUCCCGCGUCGACGGCAUGGUGACGGGCCUGCGCACGCUAGCGGCGCGGCUGGCGGAGGUGCAGCAAUACCUGGCCGCGGUGGUGGAGGGGCGCCUGCCCCUGCACCACGACAUCCUGGCCGGCCUGCAGGAUGUGCUCACGCUGCUGCCCAGCCUGGGCGGCGGCAGCCUGGCCCGCGGCCUCUCCGGCCAGGUCAACGACGCGCUGCUCAGCGUCUACGUCGCGUCCCUGGUGCGAGCGGUGAUUGCGCUGCACAGCUUGCUGGAGAACAAGGAGGCGCGGGAUGCGGGCAAGGUGGAAGGCGCAAAGGCGGCGAUCGAGCGCGCCGAGCCCGAGGCGCCGGCCACGGCCGAGAAGAGCAAGGAGAAGUGA